UGGACGUAUAUAUAACGACCGCUCUUUUUUUUAAAUCACUUCUUAAUGUCUGAGUUUUGCACAUAUACAUUAGCCAUGAAGUCAUCGUUUUCUAUCAAGAGCAAUGGCCAAUGGUGAUAUCAAAUAUCAAGAGGAAUAUAUUUCAAAUGCACGAGGAUUGAACCUCUUUACAUGCCAAUGGAGCCCUUCAAACUACGAACCAAAAGCUCUCAUCUUCUUAUGUCAUGGAUAUGCCAUGGAAUGCAGCAUUUCAAUGAGAGGCACCGGCACACGGCUGGCAAAGGCUGGAUUUGCGGUGCACGGAGUGGACUAUGAAGGCCAUGGAAAGUCUUUAGGACUUCAAGGCUAUAUUAGCAAUCUAAAUGAUGUCGUGGUCGAGAUCAAUACAUACUUUGCAAGUGUUUGUGAGAAAGAGGAGCACAGGAGAAAACGGAAGUUCUUGCUCGGUGAGUCCAUGGGAGGAGCUAUCGCAUUGAUGCUUCACAGGAAGGAACCUACCUUUUGGGAUGGGGCCAUUUUAGUCGCCCCCAUGUGCAAGAUCGUAGAAGAAAUGAAGCCUAGUCCCAUGGUGAUUACAAUCUUAAGCAAGCUCGGCAAUGUAAUCCCUACAUGGAGGAUUAUUCCUAAUGAAGACAUCAUUGAUAGGGCAAUUAAAAGCCAAGAAUGGCGUGAAGAGGUCAGAAACAAUCCUUAUUGCUAUAAAGGAAGGCCUAGACUAAAGACUGGUUACGAAAUUUUUAUGGCAAGCUUGGAUAUUGAAAGCAACCUUGAAAAGGUAACCCUGCCAUUCAUUAUAGUCCACGGUGGUGCUGAUGCUGUGACUGACCCAGCAGUAAGCGAGGCACUAUAUACACUAGCUGAGAGUAAAGACAAGAUGUUGAAGCUCUACCCAGGGAUGUGUCAUGUUUUGACUUCCGGUGAACCAGAGAACAACAUUGACAUUGUGUUUUCAGAUAUCAUUCGGUGGCUUGAUGCGAGGGCAUUGGUUCAAAAAGAAUCAUAA